GCUAGAUGCUGCUGCAAAGGAGAGGGGUUGUGAGGACCUUAAGCUGUGGAGGCCAUCGAUUGUCAACCACCUAUACUGGACUGCAGCUUCCACACCUAAUGGGGAUCCAAAUGUAAUGGAGGCCAAGUGGCAAAGCAUGGUGAACCAUGUUCAGGACAUCCAUGAACAUGACAGUCCUGGAUUUCCCUCCUGUGCACAUCUCCCUUUGGAGGGAGAAGCAAGGAACAAGCAGUGGCUGGAACCAGGAUCAACUGUAGCUAUUAAGUUGGAGAGUGUCACUACAAGAACAGCAUUGUUGAAGGAUGUUCGGCAGUUGUCCCCACAGCAUCAGACCUUUUCCCUGGAGGCCUUUCACUCGCUUAUCCUCCACUUUGCACCUAAGCACACUGGCUUCUCCUUCCUUGGGAUGUACAGCAGGCUUCUCUUGGCAGCCCUGCAUUACAACCACAAUGGAAGUCGAGAGGUUGCACGAACACAUGACGGCGAGGUUCAAUAUGGAGUUCGUUACCCAAGGUUCCGCAAAGGAGGCUGGGUCGUCCGCCCUGUCAAGGAGAAGCCAUCGUACGCUUAUGCAUCUGCCCUUAUGGAGUCUCUGAUUGAGGCCUACUCCAGGUCACCAAGGAGUCUACAAGAGAGCUCAGCUGACUUGUCCUCCUCUGCACCUGCCCCCCUUUCCACAUCCUUCCAGAUGAUCAGCAAGGAUGAGGCUGUUGGCUUGUAUCUUGCACGACACACACGUUUUAACACAGGAAAUUAGUGUUAAAACACUGUUAGGUAUUUUGUACACUAUA